AUGGCAGAAAUGGGUCUUAGCAAAGCGCUCGGCUCACCCAACGGUGCGAUGCGAAGAGGAUGGAACGGCAUCACCAUCUCGCGGGACACGAUCCACAUUCCCGGCAUUGAGCUGGGGUUCAAGCGUCCGGUCCUUUUCGAGCGGCAUGCAGUCGGCGGUGAGUACGGCGCCGGCUGGAAGAAGGUUGGCAAAGGCCGCCUGCUCACGACUUUCUUUCCCGAGAACAUGGACGAGGGAAAGCCGACGAUUGUGGAUGGAAGGGAGCUCAAGGACGAUCGAAGUGUCUGCGUGGUCUACGACAACCCAUUGGAUAAUGUCGAGGACCUCGCCCACGUCUUCUUUCAGAGAUGUUUGGAAGCAAAUGUGGUGCCUUACGUCGUCACCAAGAAGACCGUCUUCAAGUGGCAGGAAGGCUUUUGGCAGAUCAUGCGGGACGUCUUUGAUUCCGAGUACAAGGCAGCCUUUCUGUCCGCCGGUCUCUUGGACAAGACAGGAGGAGAACUGCAGCACCUGAUCAGCGAUGCUGCAACAAUGCAGAUCAUUCGAUGGACCGACGGUGGGUUCGGCAUGGCCUGUCACAACUACGACGGCGACAUGCUCACAGACGAGGUGGCCCAGGUGCAUCGAAGCCCGGGCUUCAUCACGUCGAACCUCAUUGGGAAGCGAGAGGACGGAGCCUUGAUCAAGGAGUUCGAGGCCUCCCACGGAACGGUGGCGGACCUCUGGCAUGCCCACUUGCGCGGUGAAGAGACAUCCAUGAAUCCACUGGGCAUGGUGGUCGCUCUCUUUGGGGCGAUGGACCAUGCUGCAGUCCUGGAGAACGACCCGAAGAUUCUCGAACUGACCCAAAGAUUUACAGGGUGUGCACGCGCAGCCGUGUACGCUGCCUUCCGUGACGGGCGAGGAACCCGGGACAUGGUGGGCCCCUCUGGAUUGACCACAGAGAAGUUUGUGGAUUCUGUGGCCGAAGACCUGUCCAGGCGGCUAGUGUCGGCUGACGGGACAGAGCUUGGCCCAAAAGCGGAAGCUGCAGCGGAGCCGCAGAAGGUGUCGAGGAAGUAUAGACGGAACUACAAGGUCGACGAGAAGGCCAUGCAAGAUAUGUUCAACCGCUUCGACACGGACUCUAGCGGCAAAAUUGACUUCGAGGAGUUCGUUGAACUGGCCUUGGAGCUGGGAAUCGCUCCACUGGAGGCGGAGGCGGUCAAGGCAGAAAUGGAGCAUCAAGAGCACAAGGCGGACCUGGAAGCGGGUCCACGUGGCCGAGUGCGUCGCUGGGCCUCCUUGGACGAGCCGAAGCUCUUCUGA